AUGGCUGCUAGCGCUGUCGUUGGUGCGUCUACCGCGUCCAUUGUCCCGACAGGAGGGGCAGGGGCUGUAGCUCCGGCCGCAGCAGGAGCCGGCGCCGGUGGGGCGAGGACUGCCCGCAGGAAGCAAAGGUGCUGGUUGUUCCAGGUGGACGGCGUCACAAGCAAUGCCUCCGAAGUUGAGCUGCUGGCUUCCAUCCGUGAGAGGUACACGACGGUCAAACGCCUUGUCGUCAGACCUGCCGCAACAAGCAAAGAUGCUGUUGCUGCUGCCGACGGCAGCCCGCGAAACGUGGUGGUGGAGGUGCAGUUCACCGGCCCUCAGCCCAGCGAGGGGCCCGGCGCUCUGCUGUGCGACCUUUUGUGCGGCGUUUCCGUAGACGCCAAGCCCGUGGAGCUUCCGCGGGGGCGCAAGAAGCGAGCCAGGACUGACGCGACGGCGUCCAUGGAGGGCAGCGACUCGGAUGAUUUGGCGCGAACGAGAAGCGAUUGA